AUGGUGAAAGCCUACGCACAAGAGCAUGUGUACAAGCACCCUUGGGAGAUUGUAACGUCUGCAUCUUGGCGCAAGUUUGCUGACCCUGAGAACAAGCGCACUUUGUCUCACGUUCUUGAUGUCGACACCUUGAACCACAAGCUAGACGCCGAAUCAGGGAAGCUCUUCACAACUCGUGCCAUCACGAUCCAUGCUCCUGGGCCCUGGUUUGUCCGCAAGAUCGUGGGUCAGGACAUAUGCCAUUGUGUUGAAUCAACAGUCGUUGAUGGUCAAUCUCGGUCGAUGCAACUGACCACUCGCAACAUCAGUCUGCAAAAGUUCAUAGAGGUGGAGGAAAGGAUUCGGUACGACCCCCACCCAGAUAAUCCCAGUGGGUGGACAGUGUGCAAGCAGGAGACCAGCAUUAGGAUCAAGCCGCUAUCGGCACUCGCGUCAAUGGCCGAGAAGGUGGAGCAACGUUGUGCCGACCGGUUCUUGCAGAACAGCAUCAAAGGUAGAGAAGUCAUGGAAAGGAUCUGCAAGUACCUUGAGUCUGAAUCUAGAGGAAUAACUUUCUAACUUUCCUGAUUGCUAAAUGGUUUCUACUGGUAGCUGUGAGCGGCAUACAGGCCGUUUUAGUGUAGACAUUAGGAAAUAACAGGGAACUUUAGGGUUUUGGCUUCAGAACAGUUUAAUCCGAAAGGUUAAUCCUUUUGCAAAUUUUCUCCGUUGUAGUAUGAGAACAUCUGAUUGUGUUGUCUUCUGUGUUUCAUCUGCUGUUGAAGUGCCUUGCUGGUUUCUGUUGCCCUAAAGCGCUUCUGUUGAUGAUCCUUACGGUUUGUAAGAUGGUUCAUCCACCUCUCUUUUUGUGCCGAAAGUUGCUUAUUCUCUGACCUGUUCAAAUGCAUUUUUGCGCUUUUCAUGGAA